CUCUCCGCCCCGUCCCUCCUCCCCCGGGAAAGCGAAAGCGCAGCGGGCGGAAGCGGAGCUCCCCGUAGCGCCGCACCGGGGCUGCUCCACGUCGGGGCCGCUCCACGUCGGGGCCACCAUGGCCUCCUCCAUCGGCAGCUUCUUCCGACGGAGCCUACGGCGCUCGGGCCGCAGAGAAGGCAAACAGGAGGCACCUGCAGCAGACAGCAUCCCCUCACGUGUGCCGCUGGGAAAGGCAGGGGAACGGAGCUCCGUCCUCUACUCGGCCGGGCAGUUCUUCUUCGAGUACCUGGUGGUGGUGUCACUGAGGAAGAUGUCGGAUGGACGUUAUGAACCCAAGAUAGCAUACCAGUUCCCAAAGCGGGAGAACCUCCUGAAGGGCCAGAAGGAGGAGGAGGAGCGGCUCCUGCAAGCCAUCCCCCUCUUCUGCUUCCCCGAUGGCAACAACUGGGUGCCGGUCACCACCUUCCCCAGUGAAACCUUUUCCUUCGUCCUGACGAAUGUGGACGGCAGCAGGAAGAUUGGUUACUGCAGGCGGCUGCUGCCCUCUGGCCGUGGUGACCGCCUCCCCGAGGUCUUCUGCAUCAUCAGCUGCCUGGGCUGCUUCGGGCUCUUCUCCAAGAUCCUGGACGAGGUGGAGAAGAGGCGUCAGAUCUCCAUGGCGGUGAUCUACCCCUUCAUGCAGGGCCUGAGGGAAUCGCCCUUCCCAGCUCCGGGGAAAACAGUCACCAUUAAAAGCUUCAUCCCCGAGUCGGGCACAGAGCUCAUUGAGCUCACGCGUCCUGUGGACGCCCACCUGGAGCACGUGGAGUUCUCAGCGCUGCUCCAGCGGCUCAGCCCCAUCCUCAUCCUGCACAUCUUCGCCUCGGCCGUGCUGGAGCGGCGGCUCAUCUUCCUGGCCGAGGAGCUGGGUGUCCUCUCGCAGUGCAUCCACGCCGUGGCUGCUCUCCUCUACCCCUUCACGUGGGCUCACACCUACAUCCCCGUGGUCCCCGAGUGCCUGCUCGACACCGUCUGCUGCCCUACGCCCUUCAUGGUCGGCAUCCAGAUGCGGCACUUGGAGCGGGUGCUGGAGCAGCCCAUGGAGGAGGCUCUGAUAGUUGACCUGUGCGAAGGGAAGAUCCUCCGGGCGGUGGGCGAUGAGGAGGAAAUCUUGCCCGUCAAGCUGCAGAACGAGAUGCUGGCGUCUCUGAACAGGCACAACAACAACAACAACGUACACACCUCCGAGCAGGUGAACGCGCUCGUCUCCGAGGCCUUCGUGCAGUUCUUUGUCCGUCUGGUCGGGCACUACGCCUCGCACAUCAAGUGGAGCAAGAACGGCCCGGGCACCUUCCAGGAGCGAGCCUUCUGCAAAGCCAUCGCCUCCAAGACCAACCGCAGGUUCGUGAAGAAGUUUGUGAAGACCAACAUGUUCUCCCUAUUUAUUGAGGACGCGGAGAAGAGCAGGAUCCCGCAGGAAGCGUACUUCCAGCAGAAGAUAACAGAAUACCACGAGCAGAAGAAGCACCGAAGGGACUCCUGAGCAGAGCCUGAGGGGACAGGCACCGAGCAGAGCUCUGCCCGCAGCGCUGUGCGUUCCAUCCGUGCCCCAUGCAAGGGGCAGAGCGCUCCGGAUUCUGCUGGCUCUGUCCUGCCCGUCACUCAUGGAAAGCACUGAGCACCGGUUUCUGCCCUUUCCCUUUUCCCUCAGGGCACCGUUGCACUGGAAAAUUCUUCUGCACCGAGCGAGCAAGCAGGUUGGGGUGUCUCUUCCCACGUGGCUGGGAUGGGACCCACAUAGGGCUCAGUGCCUGGCCCCACGCUGAGCUGUGCCCUGGGGCACCCCAGCACUGCGAGUGCUGAUGGAGGGAAGCAGAGGGCGGCUGCAGGACCAGUCAUUGCUAAAGGAAAAAAAAUGGACAAGCGAUGAGUAGGAAGCACUGUUGAUUUCCAAGUAAAAGAAACGUAGGUUUUGCAAAUAGGUAGCGUCCUAUGAAAUAGGUGUCUGAGGAUUCUGGUAUCUGGAGUAGCUGUUGGCUUUGUUGGUACUGGGUAGAGCCACGAGCAUGGUUCAGCUGUUGUUGGGAGAAAUGGGCAUGCUCCUUUCCCCCGGGUUACUCAUUCACGCCGUAAGCAAACUGGGAAGGUCACAGGGCUCUGUUCUGCAGCGGGGAGAGCAGCGCUGGGGAGGAGGAAGUGCUGGUUAAAUCUCGUAGUAAAACGUGGCAACGUCCUCCUCGCUGCUGGGUUUGAUGCCAACUUCUCAAACCUUGUGGUUCGUCUCUGAGGCGUGAUGCCCGCAGCAGACUCGAAAUACAGCUCCCCCCUUUUCUAAUGCAUCCGCCCAGGAAACAAGGGUUGCUGCACAGGCUUGGGGCUGCGGGUCUGUCCAGUUCUUCACCAGGCAAGGGACCUUCCCUUGGGAGAAAAGGGAUGAGCAGGGAGAGAUGCUCGCUCUUCGCAGCAGGAGGGGGGAGAUGGGCAGGGCUCCAUCCUGCUCUCCAGGGCAGGAUGGCUGAGCUGCCCCCUCUCAGUACUGCGCCAUGCAGGUGCUUAUCUGAAGUAUCUCUCAAUGUAACUUCCUUUUUAAGACAUCUUCCCCGGUGGCACUGAGCUGCUGCUGAAGGCCCCGGGGAGAGAUUUUGGGCAGAGCUGCUGGAAUGGCAACAGAACUGAGGCAGGUGCAAAGGGCGUUUGCUGCAGGAAUAGCUGUGCAUGCAACCAUGCACCAACACGAGCAGCACAAGAGCUGCUGGGCAGAGGAUGAGGAGGGAAUAGCAGUGAUGUGCUCCAGCCACGCUGGAAGGAGGACGGUGACUUUUUGCUCCACGUGUGGUUGGGGAGGGGAGGGGGGAAAAAAAAACAGGGUUGGCACUGUAGAUAUCUCCUUUGUGUCCACAAGGCCCACAGCACGGGUGGGGAGAUAGUUACAAGCAGCCUAUGGGAAAUUAAAGGUUAGAGUUCUUUAUCUGUGUA